CUUUUUAGAACUGCGGAAAAAAUGGGAUUCCAAUGGCUAAAGAUUAUAAACAAGGACCCCCGCUUGGACGGGAUGGAUGACCUGUCUGGGGUUGAAAUUCCCUUGCACUAUAUAUUUAAAUUGGCAUCUCAUGCCAUUCACCUGGUGGUCUUCUAUGAGAGGAGUGGUAAUUAUCUGUGGCAUGGCCCCCUGAGACUCAAGCAACAUAUGGACAGAAAGUUUGUGCAUUUCCGGAAACUCCACUUUGGUCGCUACCCUGGAGCAUAUGAAAAGCCAGAACUUCUGCUUGUUUCCAUUGAUGACUUAAAAGUUCAAAUUCCAAAAAAUCCAUCCAGUUUUCUAGAGGAGAUGUCACACUCUAGAUUUCUUGAAUGUAGGUACAGAGAAGCUCGGGCUUUCUUUCAGCUGUAUCCUGAUGAUGCCUCUCUUGAUGCAGUGGAGUUCAGAAAAAAAGCAAAAUCCUUGCUCCAUCUGGCUGCCCUGACACUGAAUAACUUAGGAGUAAAGUUCUGGCUGAGCAGUGGAACAUGCCUUGGCUGGUAUAGACAGUGCAAUGUCAUUCCUCACAGCAAAGAUGUGGAUUUGGGAGUCUUUAUAAGGGACUACAAAGCAGAUAUCAUUCCAGCCUUUCAGAAAGCAGGAUUACCACUGAAGCACAAAUUUGGCAAGGUAGAAGACAGCUUGGAACUCUCUUUCCAGGGAGAAGAUGAUGUGAAACUUGAUAUUUUUUUCUUCUAUGAAGAGGAUGACCACGUAUGGAAUGGAGGAACUCAGGCCAAAUCGGGCAAGAAAUUUAAGUAUCUCUUUCCAAAAUUCACUCUGUGUUGGACUGAAUUUGUAGAACUCAGGGUACAUGUGCCCUGUGAAACCCUUCAGUAUAUUGAAGCCAACUAUGGCCCAAACUGGAAGGUUCCUGUGAAGACAUGGGACUGGAAGAGCUCACCAUCCAACGUGCAGUACAACGGUGUCUGGCCUGUUGAUGAAUGGGACGAUGUCAUUCAAAUUUACUGA